AAUUACAUUUCUUCUAUAACUGAAGAUAUUAUCCCAAUUUAAACUUCAUACCAUUUCUGCAGAAAUGCAAUGUAGUUUCAAUAUAAUUCUCUCCUAUAAAUGGUGAGCAGUGUUAGAGCUUCCCAUUCCAUCCAUCAAUCCUCAACAAUGGAGUCCAAAUUCAUGAUCUUCUGUGUUUUUGCCUUGCUUUUUGCAGAAAUCAAUGGCAUAACCCUUGAUCUUAUCCACCCCGACUCUCCUCUUAACCCCUUCCGCCACCCUUCCCAGUCGCGGUUCGGAUAUAUCCGCCAAGCCUUCCGCAAUUCCCAGUCACGAGCGGCGUACAUCAAUCAUCGCAUUAAUGGCGAUUUCAGUACAAAGUUCGAGACCGCCGUGAAGCCCGCUGGGGGAGGAUAUGUGAUGAAAUACUCCAUCGGGACCCCGCCGGUUGAAACCUACGGGAUUGCCGAUACCGGCAGUGAUAUUACGUGGACGCAGUGUAAGCCGUGCAAAACUUGCUUCAACCAAUCGCUCCCCAUAUUUGAUCCGAAGAAGAGUAGGUCGUACAAAAUGGUGCCGUGUGAUUCGUCUACCUGUACCUCCUUUGCUAGCUUGGGUUGUGACGCUGACGAUAUUUGCCGGUAUCAAGUGGCGUACGGUGAUCAGUCCUCUACUGUCGGGGAAGUGGCUAUGGAAACUCUUAGGUUAGGUAACACGUCGUUUAAGAGCGUUGUGUUCGGUUGCGGCUUCGAAAACGGCGGCACGUUUAGCGGCGAUAGUUCCGGGAUUGUCGGCCUCGGCGGCGACGUUACCUCCAUUAUUUCCCAGUUGGACCGCCAAAUCGGCGGGAAAUUCGUGUAUUGUUUAUCGCCGGAUGCGAAUUCCACUAGCCGUAUAAGUUUCGGCCCCGACGCUGUGGUUAAAGGCGCUAAGGCCGUUUCCACGCCGUUAAUCAAAAAACCCAAGCCGGCGAACUUUUACUGGCUCAACUUGGAACGAAUCACCGUUGGCGGGAAAUCCUUAACGGUCAAAUCUCCUGCCUCCGAGAUUAGCGGCCGGCGAGAGGGCGGCGUUAAACAGACCAAAGUUGAAGGCAACGUCAUCAUUGAUUCCGGAACCACACUUACCUUACUCCCGUACGAUUUAUACAACUUUACCUAUUCGGCCGUACGAGACGCGAUCCCCGCCACGCCGGUGACUGAUUCACAAAACAUAUUCCCGUUGUGCUACAAGUCUGCUGACAAACUUGUGUUCCCGAGAAUUGUUGCGCAUUUCACCGGUGCUGACGUGGAGUUGUCGCCGAAAGGUACUUUCGUUGAAGUGGAAGAAGGAUUGCUCUGUUUGACCGUCAUCUCGCAGGUGAGAAUUGGUUCAGAUGUAGCCAUCUUCGGUAACCUGUCGGGGAUAGACUACAUCGUCGGUUACGAUUUGGUGGCCGGGACUGUCACCUUUAAACCUGCUGAUUGCUCUAAGUUUUGA